GUUUACUAAAGCAUAUACGGUAUAAAUAGUUAUCAACUUCGCGCCUCUCUCUUUCUCUAUCUACCUCGUUCCAAAAGCCUUGCCGCCGCAGAACCAGAGAAAUCAGUCUUCAUUCAGGAUUCAUUUAUCUGAAAUGGCAACAGUCCCUGGACCUUUAAUCUGGGAGAUCGUGAAGAACAACAACUCGUUUCUGGUGAAGGAAUUCGGUAAUGGAUCUGCUAGGGUUCAGUUCAGCACAGAAAGCAACAAUCUUUACAACCUUAACUCUUACAAGCACUCUGGGUUGGCAAAUAAGAAAACUGUCACAAUUCAAGAAGGCAAAGAUCAAACUGUAGUCUUUGCAACGACAAAGACAAGAAAACAAGGAAAGCCUGCUAGUUUACUUCACAAGUCUAUCUUGAAGAAAGAGUUCCCUCGUAUGGCUAAGGCUGUUGAGAAUCAGGUGGCUGAGAACUACUACAGGGCAGAUCUAAAGAGUGCAGCCCUUGCAAGGUUGAGUGCUGUACACAGGAGCCUCAAGGUUUCCAAGUCUGGUGUGAAGAAGAAGAACAGGCAGGCGGGUAACUAAGUUAUCAAGGCUUUAGUUCGUUCUUGUUUGUGUUAUGUUCUUUUCUUUCGAUUUGAUUGAACUAUCGAAUAUCUGGCUGGAUAUUUUUGGUUAAACUUUAUUCUCCUCUAGAAAUCUUUGUUUGCAAGAAUCAUGGAAGUAAUUUGAGCUUUAAUGAAUCAUGUUUACUUGUGAUU